GCUGCUUGGACGUGUCUACCACGGUGCUGCAGUUUGUGAGCCUCCUUGUUUGGUGGCGGAACUUUGCAGACGGCUCCGUCGUGCGCCCCUGCUGGUGCAUCUUCACUGCCUGUGUGCUGCUGGACACCUCCACCGUCCUGCUGGACCUUUCUGGCCUCUGCUUGCCACUAUUCAAACUCCUCUUGCAGGCCGGCUUCGGGCUCUGGAUGGCCUGGGUGACCUGGGGCGGAGACUUGACGGCGGAGUUCCGGCCGCCCAUGGCGACCAACCUGGCUCUGAGCAUCCUGGGCACCAUCUACGAGCUGCGGCUGUUCUAUCCUCUUGGUCUUCCUCUGGGUGGCAACCUGCUGCCAAUCAUGCGGGCUGCGCAGACGGGCGAGUUCAUCGCAAUGCUUAUCCUCCUGGCGUCAAUCCUGGUUGCCACCUACCUGGCAGCUUGCGUGGAGUUCUUCCAAGACCCGGACGCUUUGCUGCCAGUGGCGGUGAGAACCUGGCAGACGCUCAUCAUCGGGGAGUCCGCAUUGUAUGAUGUGGAUGACUACGGACACCAUCUGCUGCGCUACCUCUGUGUGUCAGCCUUGUUUUUCGUUUGCUUCGUCGUGCUGAUGAACAUCUUCAUCAACGUCACCGGCGCAGGUUAUGAUGAAGAGAGGGCCAAAGUCGUGGGCACAUUGAAUGCGGAGCGCUUCGCGACCUGCCUGGAGUUUUCGGAAAUCACCGUCCGUGGCCGAAUUGGCGUCCUGGUCGUCGUCACACUGGCAAUGGGCGGGAUGGCCGUCUGGGACUUUAUCGAAGGACGCAUCGACGCCCUCCUCCUGGAAGGGAUCGCGCUGUCGGGGUGGAUUUGUCUUUACUCGCUCCAGUGGUUUUGCGCGAGGCAGGCGACGAAGCCCCUCCACCAGCUUGGAAGCCCAAGGUAUCUUUGGAUCUGCCGGCCCGUGGAGCAGGAGGAGCCUUCGGAAGCCGAGCGCUUUGAGGCUCUCGAGCAGCUGAUCCGGCAGAUGAGCCGACCCUCCUCUUCGGGCGGCUCUUCGGGUGACCACUACCAGGCACCGUUGCGGCCAAGGCGGCCCAGUUACGUGCCGCCUUCCCAGGCGUGGCUGCGGGAAUUCCUCGAAGUUGCCCAGCUGGAUCUUGGGAAGUAUUUGGAGAAGUCUCUUCUGUGGGCCGAGGAGAACGACAUCGUCCAUGGUGACCUGCUUGGCGGUGAUGCAAGCGCAGCGAACGAGGCGGAGGCCCUUAGCCACCUGGAGAUGCUCAUCGCAGACUUGUGCCUCUCUGCAGCUCCUGCAGCACGGCUCCGCAAGACGCAAGCAAUGCUGCGUGGAGCAAGGAGUUCAGGGCCGGUUGAGCUGACCUAG